ACGCAAAGAACCCGGAAGUCGUAAGUGUGUGUGCGUGCGUGCGUGCGCUGUCAACGAGAGGAGGCACUGACGGAGCUAAAGCUCGCAUUUAAGACAAGAUGUCAGGACUGCCCCGCAGAAUUAUAAAGGAAACUCAGCGCUUGUUUGCAGAGCCUGUUCCAGGUAUCCAGGCAGAGCCAGAUGAGAGCAACGCUCGCUACUUUCACGUGGUCAUUUCUGGACCGCAGGACUCACCUUUUGAGGGGGGUACAUUUAAACUAGAACUCUUUUUACCAGAGGAAUAUCCGAUGGCAGCACCUAAAGUCCGCUUCAUGACUAAAAUAUAUCAUCCCAAUGUAGACAAGCUGGGAAGAAUAUGUCUAGACAUUCUGAAAGAUAAAUGGUCACCAGCUCUGCAGAUUCGCACGGUGCUGCUGUCAAUCCAGGCAUUAUUAAGUGCACCAAACCCUGAUGAUCCCUUAGCAAAUGAUGUGGCGGAAAAGUGGAAGACCAAUGAAGCUGAAGCUAUAGAGACAGCCAAGUCAUGGACCAGACUUUAUGCUGGAAACAAAUGAGGCGACCAGCAUCCUGUCAAGUGAAGACACACGCGGGAGUCAAGUGUGAACACAAGUCCUCAUGUUCUGCCAAUACCUCCUUUAUUUGCAUUUGAAGGAUACGGUCAAAUUCAAACACACACAUACACAGGCACACAUAUGCUAUAAAUAAACAUGAAUAUAAUGAAAAGGGAAAAACUGCUGGCGAUUAGCGAACGCAUUCUAGUAAAAUGACUCGUCUUUGUCCUAAAUAACUCACUACUGUUUGCUCAGAGGUUUCGGUCUACUCACCUUGGCUUUCUUUGUACAUCAAUAGUCUGUCAACUGCUGCUUUUUUAAGCUUUUCAAGACGGAGAAACUUAGUUCCCACAUCUUUGGGGGGGGACAGGGGGUUUAUUGAGGGUUGCAAGGAUCAGACAGCAGUGGGAUUGGGUGAGGAAAGGAGGUCUACUUGUGGCCAGUAUGGUGUAUUUUUAAUGUUCAUUUUAACUUUUUGUUCCUUUAUCACUGUUAAUUAAAAGCAACUAACAACUACUAAUAAUUAUCGCCUGUAGUGGAACGUGACACCCACAUAGAGAUACAGUGUUGGGCUGGCCAAUCACAAAACAGCUCUCCUGAUUUAACUCACAGCUAAUAGGACUGAAAGCCAAAACUGAGCCCUUUGCUUUAACAAAUCACAUACACCACCAUGACUUUUUAACCACUUCUAGCCGGAAAUUGUGCUAUGUGCGUGUCAGUGCUGUUAGGAUGGACAUUAUGGACCUUGAACUAGUUUGAGCUUUUUUUUUUUUUCCCCCCCAUUUUGCAAUAUCUAGUCCUCGUGUAUUGAUUUUUUUUUCCCUUCUUAGUACAGUCAUACUAAACUCCACUCAGCCUUUUUUCUUCUUGUGCAUUGCCAGUCUAACACGACAAGACUCAGCUGUGUAUGACCUUCCUCCUACUGGCAUUGAGACCACCAAGCAGGGGUUCCAUUUUAGCUUUCACCUUAUUUAAUAAGUCAGGAUUGGGAUGGCAUAUGUCAAGCUGGAGUGUGCCGUAAUCAGUCUCCCCCGGUUUAGGUCCGUGUACAAUUUGACACCUGACAACAUUUGUGGCCACAAAGCCAAGUUCAAUGUAAAUGUAUUCUUUUUGAUCAUCUGGGGAGGAACACUUUUCCUGUUCUGAGAAUGUUUAGAAAAACGAUCAUCUGCAUACAUUUCAGUUCUGUAAAUAAACUCAGUUAGUUAAUAAACA